AUCUUUGUGCGUGGGGCUGCGCUGGCGGAGGAGUCCGCGGGGAGGGACUCCCGGCCCGGCCGUGACAGAGCUCGGGCCGGGGCCGAUCCCGUUCCCGAUUCGGGGCGGGCCCGUUCCCGAUCCCGAUCCGGGGCGGGCCCAUUCCCUUUCCCGCUACCGUUCCCGUUCCCGUUCCCGUUCCCGCUCCGGGGCGGGGCCGGGGCUGGGGCGCAGCCGCAGAAUGGGGCUGGGGCAGUGAUGGCCGCGAUCUCGCUGGAGACCGUCCCCAAGGACCUGCGGCACCUGCGCGCCUGCCUGCUCUGCUCCCUCGUCAAGACCAUCGACCAGUUCGAGUAUGAUGGCUGUGACAACUGUGAGACAUACCUGCAGAUGAAGGGCAACCGGGAGAUGGUCUAUGACUGCACCAGCUCCUCCUUCGAUGGGAUCAUAACCAUGAUGAGCCCUGAGGACAGCUGGGUCUCCAAGUGGCAGCGGAUCAGUACCUUCAAGCCAGGUGUCUACGCAGUGUCCGUGACUGGCCGCCUGCCCCAAGGGAUCGUCCGAGAGCUGAAGAGCCGUGGUGUGGCCUACAAGUCUCGGGACACAGCCAUAAAAACCUGAAGGGCCUGCCUGGAGAUCCCAGUGCUGUGUGGCUGCUCCAGAACACCUGAGCUUUAUCCUGUAGGGAAGUGGGGCAGGACUUGGAGUGUGCUGGCUCAGCUCCCCUCAGUCAGUACCUCCGGACUCUGCCACACCACAGACCACAGACAUUUAUCUGAGCCUUGACAGGGGGGAGGGUGUGAGUGGAGCUGGGAAAAGGCAUUUAAUCAUAGUCCCCAAGCUUUUUUGCAGUUGGUGUGGGAAAGGGGGGAUUUGGGAAAUAGCUGUGCAAAUAGUUCAAUAAAACUCACUGCCUGGUCAA